UGCAGAAACAAAACGAAGAAGAAGAAGGAAGGAAAGAGAGGCGACAUGGGAGAUGAGCCAGAGAGGGAUGAAACAGAGAGGUAUGAGGCAGAUUCAGAGGCAGAGAGAUAUGAGGCCGAGAGGAAUGAGCAACAAUUUGAUGAAGAAGCAAGAGUAGAAAGGAAUGUGGCUGAUUUUGUUGAUGAAGAUUUUGAUGAGUAUGCUACACCUGUAUGUUCAGACGAUGAUGAAGAUGGUGUUGAGAAAGAAGGGUACUUGAGGUACAUAAAAGGCAGUGGUGAUCUGAAAUUAAGACAAGCUUUUGACAGUUUGGAGGCUUUCAAAAAAGCUAUGGUUGACUAUGUGCUAAAGCAUAGGUGGAAUAUUAAGUAUGUGCGUUGGGAGAAAGACAAAUCAGAAUUGAAAUGUGCUAGUGAAGCUGAAGAAGGAGAGGAACAAUGUAUGUGGAAGAUUUACUGCUCUUAUGAAGAACCGUUGCAGAAAUGGCUAGUUAAAGUGUUAAUGAAGGAGCACACUUGCAUGAGGAGUGGACGUUCAAGACUGCUUACACAAGAGGUUAUUGCUGGGUUGUUCGUUGAUGACAUAAGGGAAAAUCCUAAAUUAAUGCCGAAAGAGAUUCUAGAAGAUAUUCAGAAGCGUUGGGAGUUAACUGCAACCAUAGAUCAGUGCAGGAACGCAAAGAAAAGGGCAUUAGAAAUUAUCAAAGAGGAGCAAGACUUACAGUUCUCACGGCUUAGAGAUUACAGAGUUGAGUUAUUAGAGUCGAAUAAGGACUCAUCAGUGCAUCUAGAGACAGUCCAAGGUGACGAUGGUAGUGAUGUAUUUUACAGAUUCUAUGUCUGUUUUGCUGCAUUGAAGAAGACAUGGACCUCCCACUGUAGACCUAUCUUUGGUCUUGAUGGAUGCUUUCUUAAAUGCACAACAAAAGGUCAACUGUUAGCAGCAGUCGGGAGAGACGCCAACAACCAGAUGUUCCCCAUUGCUUGGGCUGUUGUUGAUGUUGAAAAUGAACCCAACUGGAGAUGGUUUAUUGAGAAGCUGCAAAUCGACUUAAACCUGCAAGAUGGUAAUGGAUUUACUGUGAUUUCUGACAGACAAAAGGGGUUGUUAAAUGCUGUAGAAGAUUUAUUACCACGGGUCGAGCAUAGGAUGUGUGCAAGACACAUCUACGCAAACCUAAAGAAGGUAUAUCCUAACAGAGCUGACAUGAAAGGAUUGUUUUGGAAGGUCGCAAAGAGUUACAAUACAGCUCAAUACAACAAAAGGGUGGAUGAAGUUAAGGCAUACGACAUGGAUGUCUAUAACUCAAUGAUGAUGAAGAAUCCCAAAAACUGCAGCCUUGCUUUCUUCUCACCAACAUCUUCAUGUGAUGAUGUAAGUAACAACAUAUCUGAAUCCUUUAACCAUGCCAUAGACCCUGCAAGAUAUAUGCCAUUUGUGGAGAUGUUAGAGACGAUACGCCGAAGAGCUAUGCUUCGGAUAGAGGCAAGAAAAGUUAUAUCAAUGAAACACAGAGGAAAGUUUAGUAUUAAAGCAGUGGAGAGAGUGGAACUAGAGCAGACAAAGAUCAGGCCGUGUCAGGUAUAUCCUUGUGGUCAUGAAAGCUUUGAAGUGAAGGAGAAAAACUCAUCAUACAAAGUAAAGAUGUUGGAGCGUAGUUGUACGUGUAGAAAAUGGGAAAUUUCUGGGUUGCCUUGUCGUCAUGCACUGAAAGUUAUUGUAGAGAAGAAGCGAAAGAAAGAGGAUUACAUUGGUGAUUGCUAUCUCACUUCAAAGUGGAGAAUGCAAUACCAAACACCAAUUGAGGCUGUUCAUGGUGUGAAUUUUUGGAACAAGACUGACGAGGCUGUGAUUGUGCCUCCAACAGAAGAUACAGAUUCAGUGUUAGGAAGAAAGAAGAUUCCUAAGAGGAUAAAGGGGAAGAACGAGUCACCGAGCAAGAAGAAAACAAAGGUUACACAAGAGUCUCCAACAAAAAUUUCUAGAGCAAGAAGAACCAUCCAUUGUGGAAGAUGUGGAGCAGCUGGACACAACACACGAGGCUGUAUUGGCAUUGGUGUUGAGAUUCAACGUCCACCCAAGAAGAACAAGACAAGCUCCCAACAACCAAUGCUUAGCCAAGAGAUCAACUAA